AUGCUGUUCUUGGGAAGUUUCAAAAUGAUGAAGUGGAGGCAGCUUUUCUGGAUCGUGUUCUGUGUCGCGGAGUUGUCCGGCAAUGCUUCUGGGAACCCAACAGACACCCCCACACCGACAGCCCUGGCCACAGAACAGAGAGGCACCAGCAGCGCGGCAGCCACUGGAGCCACUGGAGCCACUGGAACCACUGGAGUCCCUGGAGGCACCAGAGCCUCCAGCAGUGCCAAGCCAACGGCAGAGACGUCCGGUGCGGCUGUGUCCCUGGCAGCCAGCCCCACCUCCCUGGCACUCAGCACCCCGCAGACGAGCCUGCAGCCCAGCCGCGCCCCCACGCAGCGGGGCACCCCCUCGGACCCAUCCCACACGAGCCAAGGGGUCUCCACAACCAAGAGCCCAGCAACACAACCCAGCACGAUGGCAGAAACCCCCGGGUCCAUGCCAGACCUGACGAGCUCUUCUGCCACCUUGGGGCAUCCUCCUGUCUCGGCUGCCAGCAGGGACAGCCCAAAGCUCGUCACAUGCCACAACAUCAAAGAAGUGAGUGACACUGGAGCCAUCUGCUUGCAGCUCAACGAGUCCAGCACUUGCAAACAUUUUUUAGAGAGGAAGGGAUCGGCCUUAUGGAGUGCAAUAUGUGAAGAGGGCACCCGCCGUGUUCCCUCCCCCUGCCAGAUUAAACUCGCCAAAUCCGAGGUGGACCGUGACUGUAUGCUCCUCAUCCUCGUCGGUGAGAGAGAUCCUGCUACGGAUAUGCUCCAGGAGUCUCAGUGGGAAAAGUUUGGAAUAAAAUCCCUUAAACGGGGCAGCGUGAGGAACCACCAGGACUUUUCUCAGAAGACCCUCAUCGCCUUGGUCACAUCUGGACUCCUGCUGGCGUUCCUGGGCUUGGCUGGAUAUUUCCUGAUGAAGCGGCGGAGCUGGAGCCCGGCGGGAGAGCGGCUGGCUGAAGACCCCUAUUACACGGAGAACGGUAGCCAGGGAAACACGAUGUUGAUGAUGCCCUCCCAAGAGCAACCCGAGCUGCAGGAGAAGCCAAACCUCAACGGUGGGACUCAGGAGAACGGGACCGGCCAAGCGUCCUCCAAAAACGGCCACUCGGGCCGGCAGCACAGCCCCGCCGACACCGAGAUGUGA